GUCAAAGUUGUUAGUCACAGUUGAAAUAAUUGUGGGAUGAUGGGAUCACCAUCUAAACCCAAGGAGUCAGUUUCUCUUUUCUGUUAUUUCCCUUGUAUUACUGCAUUAUUUAUACCCUUAGCCAGUUCAUGCUAAAGGGAGGAGUAAUAUUACAUUUAUAUUUUCAGAGAUUCUCUUGGGCUUCUUAGUCUCAAAAAUCGAGAUUCUUGAUUUAAAGAGAUUAGAGAUUUAGAAGAUUUGUUUUUGUUUUUAGUUUCGAGUUUUUGGCAUCGAUCAUUUUGGUAUCAUAGACUAGAUCUUGCCCAACUAUGGUAAACACUCGAUCUUCCGCAACUGAUGGCAAUCCUGAUGUCGGCAACACCCUAGCACAACAGAAUGAUACCUUGGCCGCCAUCGCUGCCCGACUGGACAUUCUGGAUGAGUUACGAGACAAAGUAGCAGCUUUAGAAGUCCACAACCGCAAUCCAACAACAAAGAAGAAGAAGAUCUAUGCUGACGAUUCCGGGGAGGAAUCAGAAUCUCAUUCACGACGACACUUCCAGCCUCCGUAUGCAAAAAUUGAGUUUCCCAAAUUCUCAGGAGGUGACCCACGUGGUUGGAUUUUGAAAGCAGAGAAAUAUUUUCGGUACUAUGAAACACCGGAUGAAGAAAAGGUGGACAUAGCAUCAAUGUAUCUUGAAGGAGAUGCAUUGGACAUGUUUUCUUGGGCUUUAUCGGAACGUACGGUGUUGUACUGGGAGGAAUUGGUCAAGAUAUUGCAAGAACAAUACGGACCUCCGGAAUACCAAAAUCCAGAUGAGUACCUCGCAGCUGUUCAACAGGAGGAAUUGAGCUCUGAGGUGAGAAUACACAAACCUCAGAGUGUCUAUCGUGCGACAAGUUUGGCCCUAGAGAUGGAGAAAAAGCUGCAGGGUACCAAAAGUACCCGACCUUGUUCAACUGCAAGUUCAGCCCGGGCCACUUACAGCACCAACUCGGGCAGGAAUCAAUCUGUACCUGAUUCGUCAGCAAAGACCUCGACUUCGCACAAUCCUACGUCGCAAAACCCAGGUUCCUCACAAUCAGUCAUUCCCUUUCGCUCCAAUUUGUGGGAUACUACUCGGCAAGAACGACGAAACAAAGGGCUCUGUUUCCGCUGUGGAGACCCAUUUCGGCUAGGGCACCGUUGUACGACAUCCACUUUCUCACUAAUGGAAGUAGAUGUGGAAGGAAAUCCAAUUCCGGAGACAUUUGAGCCUGCUCCUGAAAUGGAAGAAAUCAUAGAAGAGGCAGAAAUUUCUUUCAAUGCCAUUCUUGGGACAUCAUCAGCGGCAACAAUGAAACUACAAGGAUCAAUUCAAAACCGCAAUGUCCUGUGUUUGGUUGAUAGCGGCUCCACCCACAACUUCAUCUCAGAAAGGUUGGUAAAUGAAUUAAAUUUAGUUACCACCUCUAUUCCGGUGUUGGGGGUACAGAUUGGGGAUGGCAGCCUUGUGCGAUGUGGAAAAAAAUGCAAGCCCGUAAAUUUGCAGCUUCCAGAUGGGAAAAGGUAUAAAUUGCAGGGAAUUCCCAAAUCCACUAAAUCCGAAGCGGCUCUGCACUCCAUGAUGGCUGUUGGCACUAAUGNUUGCAGCUUCCAGGUUUGAGUAUUACUCAGGAUUUUUAUCCAUUUUCUCUCUCUGGAUCUGAUCUCGUGCUAGGCAUCAAGUGGUUGGCUUCUCUGAACACUAUUCAAGCCAACUGGAAUGAAAUGUUUCUGAUUUUCUGGGUAGAUGGGAAAAGGUAUAAAUUGCAGGGAAUUCC